AUGGACUCGAUUAGCCUAGCACGAAAGCUGAGGUCUUUCUGCAUCGCAGGAGAGCUAUCUGAGGCGGUGAGUCUCCUCCACCGGAGCGCCGUGCGCCCCGUCCCUGGCUCCUACGCGCUCCUGCUCCAAGAAUGCGUGAACCGGAAGGACGCGAGGCUCGGCAAGAGGAUCCACGCGCGCAUGGUCGCCACCGGGUACAGGUGCGGCCACUACAUCGCAACCAAGCUGCUCAUCUUCUACGCCAAGAUCGGGGAGCUCGCCGUCGCCCGGAGCCUGUUCGACGGAAUGCCGACCAGGGGCGUCGUGGCAUGGAACGCGCUGAUAUCCGGGUGCACGCGCGCCCGCUUGGAGGCGCAGGCGGUGGAGAUGUUCGGCGCGAUGCGGGCGGAGGGGCUGAGGCCGGACCAGUUCACGUUCGCGUCCGUGCUCUGCGCGUGCGCGAGGCUGGCCGCGCUGGAGCACGGCCGGCGCGUGCACGGCGUCAUGGCCAAGUCGGGGGACGUCGUCGCCGGGAAUGUAUUCGCCAACAGCGCGCUCGUCGACAUGUACCUCAAGUGCAGCAGCGCCGAGGACGCGCGCCGGGCGUUCGCGGCCGCGCCCGAGAGGAACGUCACCAUGUGGACCGCCGUCAUCUCCGGGCAUGGCCAGCACGGGCAUGUGCGCGAGGCGCUGGUGCUGUUCCAGCAGAUGACGCAGGACGGGUUUCGGCCGAACGACGUGACGUUCCUCGCCGUGCUCUCGGCAUGCGCGCACGGUGGGCUCGUCGACGAGGGGCUGGGGCACUUCUCGUCCAUGCCGUUGGACUACGGCCUCACCCCGAAGGCUGAGCACUACGCGGCGGUGGUCGACAUGCUCGCGAGGGUCGGCAGGCUCCGCGACGCGUACGAGCUCGUCAAGAAGCUGCCGGACAGCCAGGAGCACUCUGUGGUCUGGGGCGCACUGCUGGGUGCCUGCAGGAAGCACGGCGGUGACUUGAAGCUGGUCGAGCUCGUCGCGCAGCGCUUCUUCCGGCUGCAGCCGGGGAACACCGGCAAGUACGUCGUCCUGGCGAACACAUACGCAGCCUGCGAUAUGUGGGACAGCGUGGCCGGUAUGCAUGAGGCCAUGAAGUCGCUCGGCAUUAGGAAGGACCCUGCUUGGAGCGCCGUGGAAGUCCACGGGAAGAAGCACUUCUUCCUGUCCAGAGACACAUACCACGAC